AUGACCGAUGACCCACCCACCUGUCCUUACCUUGGUCUUUUAAAAGCCUCCUACCUCCAUGGCCAUACCCCUCCAACUUGGACAACCUUGUCUUCCUUGGAUAUCUUUCUCAUCAUUCGCGGUAUAGCCCAGUGGAUGUGCAAACUUGGAAGGGUGGUGGAGGGCCUCCUUGGCAAAACACGACCAAUUUUGACGGCUACUGAAACUUGCCAUUUUCUACCCAUGUGCCAGAUGAACCCCAUCUACAACUUCCUUCAAAUUACCGGAGCUUCACCUGUACAACAUGAGUAG